AUGGCUAAUGAAGAACCUGGUAUCAAAAUAUCUUACAAUACAAACAUGAAAGAACAACCUAUGCCAAGCAGUGAUUGUUCUACUUAUUUUGAAGCAAAAUCCGAAGAUAAUUUCGAAACUUAUGGCUACGAUCUUGCAUAUUUACCAAAGGGACAAAUAUCAAUGAACACUUCUGAAGGUCAAUGGGUAACGUUUACUAUACGAAUCAAUGAUGACACAUAUGAUUUUUUAAAUCAAAAUUAUCCGUACCAAAAUAAAAAUCACCCUAAACUUAUUGAUUCAAUUGAGGCGGAGAAUAAAUAUUAUAUAACACAAUCUUCAGAUUUAAAUGUAUAUGUUCUUAGGUACUAUAGGCAACGAAGAGAAGAAUUGAAAACUAUCGAAUUUCCAUACACAAAUGAUACACUUGAUGUUUACGCGAUGGUGUACAUUAUCCUAAAAACUCCUAGUAUAGAAAUAGAAAGAGAACAAAAGGCUCGUACCAUCUUAGAAGUGUUAGCAAAUAUUGCUGCUCUUUACGGAUUAGCUUUUGGUAUUUAUGCACUCUUAUUUGGUGUAAGAGUAAGCAAACCACUUCUAGCAAAAUUCAUGCCUGUGCCUACCGAGAAUCCCUCCCCCGAUGGUUUAAAAGUUUAG